AUGGCAACACACAAGACCUUCAAGGCCACCGCAUCCUGUAUGUCCUGGGAGGAAGACCGCUCCCUGACCAAUCUACCACGCUUAACGCCUGCUACGGUCAAAAUGGGACUCCCCGACUUCAAGGCGACCCUGACAACCUACUACUCGAUGGUCUACCUACCUCCAAAGGCCGAAGGCGAAAAGGCAGGCAAUGCUCAAUUCACCUUUUCCGACUACCUCGAGGCAGAGGACUUUGGUGGCCUCUCAGGUAGCUUGAUUACACAGGGACGAGGAACCUUUGAUGCUAGUACUUACCGUGUCGAAGGCCGUUUUGAGAUUGUCCCCUCUGCUGGGACCGGUACUUUAGGAGAAUUGUUCCAAUCCGGCGGGUCUGGGAGUUUUGGGAGUGAUGAAAAAGAUCCGACCAAGGUGUCCUAUGAGUUCCAUACCGUCUGA